AUGUAUGUUCCUCUGCAGGUCGAGGCUCGGUUCUGGUUCAGGCCUCGCGUGGAAGUAGACGGCAGGGUCAGCCCCUCUCCAUCCAUCCAAGCGCUCAAAAUCGUACGAGACACAAACAAGAAGCACCUCGGAUUCAUUGCUCAGCACGAGAAGAAACUGCUGCAGCGGAUCGACCGUGAAGGUGCCAACCAGAUCUACAUGCAGUUCGGCCUCGACCCGCCCAAGCCAGGCGAAGACCAGAGCCCCGAGUCCAGCAACGAGGACGUCGAACCAUACCGUCGUGGUGACCUAGAGCCCAUCACGGUGGUCGGCCUUCGCAGCCAUCAUCAUCCGGUUGCCCAAAUUAGGGCCCAAGCAUUGGCGACCUGGCAAACCAUGAGGGAUGAUUACUACAGAAAUCAGCACCAGGCGGCAGGCGCAGAUUCGCCAAGCUGGGUCGUGCAAGACGACAAUGCAUUUUCAGAGGCAGCAAUCUGGACAAUCCAAGAGACCCCCGGCGGAGAAGAACCAACCGACUCAUCCACCUCUGCCUCCGCAUCUUCGUCGGCAUCCGACUGCGACUACGAAUACACCGAUGACGAUUACGACGACUCCUCUCACUGGGAUCUGCAGGGCAGUGACUGGUCUGACGGCGAGGACGAGACCGAUCCUCUCGGUGAGCAUCGUUCUCCAGAGCUGUCUGGAAGCGGUCACUGGCUUACUGAGAUUCCUACACCCCCUCCCUCGGAUAAAUCCAGCCCUCCACCCUCGCCUGUGCUUCCAGAGAGUCAGAUGGCGCCAACCACUGGCGUUUCCGACAACAUUUCAUCCACUGACUCCUUGAAAUCGGACAACUCAGGCCUCAGCGCCAGAGAGGAGCUCUCCCGGGUUCUGAACGACAGAAAGAUCAUGGAGGCCUUCCUGAAGGGAAUUGUGAAGCGAAUUAAGGAGUCGUAUAUGAGCAAGUCCGAGAAGGAGGCAGAGAAGGCAUACGAGCGCCAGAAAUACCGAGCCAGCCACCGAAAGGGACAGAAGCCCAGAGGCGAGGAGAGGGCAGACCCCAAGCGUGCUCUGCGCUUCCACCGCACCCUCACCAUGUCGCCCGAGCAGGCUGAGCAGCACAAGCUUGAGGAGGUGUGCAAGACACACUUCGAAACCCACUUUCAGAUGACUCACCAUUAUGAGGAUGCUGAAGGCAGGGUGUACGCUGAGCCAGUAGCCACCAAGGGCCUGCCACCCGAGAACAAGUUCGAGUGGAUGAAGGCACUCCGGAAGCAGCAAUUCCGCUUCUGA